CCUUAAUCCACGGCUCAUCAAAUCCAGAAUACGUCUGACUUUUCGAACAGAUCAAGCUUUCCCCUUCCUCUUUUCCCUCCUACCCGAUGGUUGUCGUCGACGAAUAAAGACCCCGAGAAACACACAGUAAUAAUACAAAACCAUGGCCUCAGCUCUGCCAUCUCAAAGGCUUCCGAAAACGGAAGAUGGGCCCUCUUCGAUUGGGUCACCGUCGUAUUCCAAUAGUCCAAAGAAGAGGUGGUUCAAUUUGCUGCCAUUGUUCGUAGCCCUGGUGGUUAUAGCUGAGAUCGCCUUCUUGGGUCGACUCGACAUGGCCAAGAAUGUUGACCUGGUCAACUCGUGGGCUGACUCCUUUUACCAGUUCACUGGCUCGUCUUGGCCAUAUGUCUCCAAUGCCGACGAUAUUACCUCCGGCGGAGGUGAGGAGACUAGGGUUUCGGAUGAGCUGGACUCUUUCACCGGAUUGGAGAGCUGCGAGGAAUGGUUGGAGAGUGAAGACACCGUUGCUUAUUCUAGGGAUUUUGAAAAAGACCCAAUUUUGGUACACGGUGGGCAACAGGAAUGGGAAUCCUGUGCUGUUGGGUGUAAAUUUGGGGCUUUCUCCGGCAAAAAGCCUGAUGCUGCAUUUGGAUCUACCCAAUCAGGUGGUACAGCUGGAGUGCUUCGGUCAAUGGAGUCUGCAGAGUACUAUUCUGAGAACAACAUUGCUCAGGCAAGACGGUGGGAGGGGAUAUGAUGUUGUGAUGACUACAAGUCUUUCUUCAGAUGUUCCUGUUGGGUAUUUUUCAUGGGCCGAGUAUGACAUUAUGGCACCAAUCCAACCUAAGACACAGAAAGCUAUCGCUGCAGCAUUCAUAUCUAACUGUGGUGCUCGUAACUUUCGGUUGCAAGCUCUUGAAGCACUUGAAAGAGAAAGCAUCAGCAUAGAUUCAUAUGGUAGUUGUCACCGGAACAAGAAUGGUGAUGUGAAGAAAGUAGAUACUUUGAGGCACUACAAAUUCAGUUUGGCCUUUGAAAAUUCCAAUGAGGAGGAUUAUGUUACUGAAAAAUUCUUCCAAUCUCUUGUAGCUGGAUCUGUUCCUGUUGUGGUUGGUGCUCCAAAUAUCCAAGAUUUUGCUCCUUGUUCUGGUUCUCUUUUACAUAUAAAGAAGCUUGAAGAUGUUGAGUCAGUGGCCAAGACGAUGAAGCACCUUGCUGAAAAUCCAAGUGCAUACAAUCAGACCCUAAGGUGGAAAUUUGAGGGUCCAUCUGAUUCUUUCAAAGCCCUAGUUGACAUGUCAGCAGUUCAUUCAUCUUGCCGGUUGUGCAUUCACUUGGCAACAAGUAUCUAUGAGAGAGAGGAGAAAGGUACAAACUUCACAAAACGUCCGUGCAAAUGUUUGAGGGGUUCAGAAACUGUCUAUCAUGUAUAUGUACGUGAAAGAGGACGGUUUAAUAUGGAGUCUAUUUUCUUGAGGUCAACUAAUUUAACAAUGGAGGCCUUCAAAUCGGCUGUGUUAAAGAAGUUCCAGUCUCAGAAGCAUGUUCCCAUUUGGAAACAAGAAAGGCCCACGGUUCUGCGGGGAGGAGACGAACUCAGUGUGUACCGCAUAUAUCCUCUUGGAUUGACUCAGAGACAGGCGCUCUAUACAUUCAGAUUUAAUGGGGAUAGUGAGUUAAGGAAGCAUAUAGAAAGCAACUCUUGUGCAAAGUUCGAAGUCAUAUUUGUAUAAUAAGAUAAACUUCUAAUUUUCAUGUCAUGUGACCUGAUUAACUUUUAGAUCAGUGUACUAGUGUAGGCCAUAAAUUUUGUAACCGGUUAUUGACUUUAUUAAGGUUGAGCCAUCAUGGAAUCCUUUUGUUUUUUUCUUACACGAAUAUCAGGUUUAUGUAAUGAAGUUGUUUAUGAUAGACAUAGACCUCAAAUCUUAAUCCUGUUAUGCUUUUCCGGUU